UGCAUCCUCCCGCCUCCCAUCGCCGGGUCUCUAAUAAGGUAUUCACCUACCUACUGUUCGAUUGUGUUCAAGUUGUGGGCUUCUUUCCAUACCGAUGAGUAGAAAGAGGAUAGCUGAUGAAGAUUCAAGCUUUUGAUUCAAUUUUGGGUUUACGAGAGGAUUUCGGGAAAUUGAGGGGUUUUCUGGUUCUAGCUGGUACCGUCUGCGUACGUCUCAACUUGGGUUGUGAAUUAAAUUGUUGGUUCAAGGCUGUGAAGGAAAAAUGUUUUGGAUUUGGGGGAAGCUUGACUUGGUGUGUUUCUUCUUGACCUUUCUAGUUUUGCUUGGGGUGGAGAUCAUGAGCCACGAAGGUGGGUAUGCUGUUGAGGUAACGGGGCUUUCUCCCAAAGCCACCGAGAAGGAUGUCCAUGAUUUCUUCGCCUUCUCCGGCGCUAUUCUGCAUAUUGAAAUCGUCAGGUCUGGUGAUUCCGCCUGUACUGCGUAUGUGACAUUCAAAGAUGCAUAUGCCCAGGAGACUGCUGUCCUACUCAGUGGUGCUACCAUCUUGGAAGAACGAGUGUGCAUAACACGCUGGGGACACUACGAAGACGAAUUCGAUUUUUGGAACAGGCCUUCAACAACAACGGAUUAUGAAAGUGAACCGACUCAGCAACACCAGCAAACAGGCCAAUUCGUCGGCGAUGCAGGACAAGCAGUGACAAAGGCUCAGGAAGUGGUGAAAGAAAUGCUAGCCAUGGGGUACGUCCUGGGGAAAGAUGCACUAGGCAAGGCUAAAGAAUUCGACGAGUCCCAUCAAGUCUCAGCAACCGCAACAGCAAAGGUGGCCGAGUUCACCGAGAGAAUCGGCCUUGCUGACAAGCUCUUUGCCGGGAUGGAAGCAGUUAAAGCCGUGGACGAUAAGUACCACGUCUCCGAGACGACCAAAUCAGCAGUAUCCGCGACAGCGAGAACAGCAGCAUCAGCAGCAAACACUGUUAUCAACAGUAGCUACUUCUCUAAGGGCGCUCUUUGGGUGUCUGGUGCUCUGAAUCGGGCUUCUAAUUACGCUUCUGAUUUGGGUAGCCGGGCUGCCCAGCAGCAUUGAGCCUAUUCUGGUCCGGUUUGUCCAAAUCUAGAACUCCCAGCUUAUUUUUUAUGGCUGAAAUGAAAGCUCUUUGUAUAGAACACGUUCUGCUCGACUGUUGGGAAGCGAAAGGGUUGAAACAUUUACCACGUUGAAACAUUUGUUGAUAAGGGAUGAGCGAUGACUGAUGAGUAUGACAGAAUUGACUAUCAAGCUGUUAAUAUUAAAAAAAAAAAAAAAAAUCGGAAGAGCAAAAUUCAGAUUCAUCAACACCGUUUGUUUAUUUUCUUUUAUUUAAA